AUGAAUGGAAGGUUUAGAGGGUAUAAUCAAGAAGUAACACACGAGUACGAUCCCUACGAUGACAAUGAUGAAGCCAUUGAAAACCGUCUAAAGUUGGAGUGGCUGGAGGCGCAGGAGUACUGGAAGAGGAACAAUGGACGCGACCAUGUGAUCAUGGCCUCUGAUCCCAAUGCUCUGUACAAAGUGCUUGAUAGUGUGAAAAAUGCAGUCUUGCUUGUUUGUGAUUUUGGGCGACUCAAGGCGGACCAGGGGUCGCUGGUGAAGGAUGUCAUUGUGCCUUAUUCUCACCGGAUUAAUACUUAUAAUGGUGAUAUCAGUGUCGAAAAUCGCAACACCUUGCUGUUCUUCAUGGGCAAUCGAUUUCGCAAGGAGGGGGGAAAGAUCCGAGAUUUGCUUUUUCAGUUGCUUGAAAAUGAAGAGGAUGUCAUAGUGAAACAUGGAACCCAAUCCAGGGAGAAUCGACGGGCUGCUACACAUGGGAUGCAUACGUCUAAGUUCUGUUUGAAUCCUGCUGGUGAUACUCCAUCAGCUUGCCGGCUUUUUGACUCUAUAGUUAGUUUGUGUGUCCCUGUGGUAAUCAGUGAUAGUAUUGAGCUUCCAUUUGAAGAUGUUAUAGACUACAGGUAGAUAGCCAUAUUUGUUGAAUCGAAUACAGCUUUGAAGCCGGGAUUCCUGGUCUCGAUGCUAAGAGAAAUUACCAGUGAGAGAAUCCUUGAAUAUCAGAAAGAGAUGAAUGAGGUGAAGCAUUAUUUUCAAUAUGGAGUACCAAAUGGAACUGUGAAUGAGAUAUGGCGCCAUAUUGCACAGAAGCUUCCCUUUAUCAAGUUGUCGAUCAACCGUGACAAACGCCUUGUAAAGAGGGAUAUGAAUGUGCCAGACUGCUCUUGUGUCUGCUCAAACCAGACUGGGAUUAUAACCAGCCUAUGAUGCCAUUUUUGCCAUUGACAUUCUUUCAAGAGAUUAAGAGUGCUCCGUCAAUUCUUAGGAGCGUCAUAUUUAGAUCUGAAAGCCUUGGAUCGAGUCUUAGCAAUGGAGGACUCUGUUCUGCAUCUGGGAAGCUACUCUGCUGUUUGUUGCAGAAACAGAUCGAUGCUGCUGAGAGAUUAUCAGUAUUUCCACAGAAGGGGUUUUUAAUCAAGGCCAGGGGUAAUAGAAUUUACAGACAGGGCUAUAUCGUAGAUACUGUUGUUUUUUACUUACCUGGUCAUGAAGCUUAGCAGUUGGAAAUUAAAUUACUACGUGUAACUGUAAUUCAUUUGUAUAUUGGUUAGAGAAUAAACAUCAAAUAUAUGAAUUUUUGUCUUCGCUGUCAUAAAUGAUUAAAUUCCCCCCGUGUUGGUUAAUA